UUUAUUCUUACUCAUGUUUCUUUUUUUAUUAAUCAUGAACUUUUUUUAUACUUAAAAUAACACAUGAAAUUAUUUUAUAUACACCAACCGCGAAGAACACGGCAGCCACCGAAACAAUGGUAAGGAGCAGAGCAUCUCUGCAUCUAGCUCUAUUCCCGUUCCCUUUGCAGGGGCACAUCACCCCCAUGAUGCAACUCGCGUCUCUCCUCCACUCCAGAGGCUUCUCCAUCACCAUCGUUCAUGCCCACUUCAACGCUCCCGACCCCAGAAACCAUCCCCACUUCCGCUUCGAGUCCUUCGCCGACGGCAUAGACCCCGACCUCGUCGCCGGCAUGGGCAUAAUAGACCAGGUCUACACCAUCAUCGCUCAUUGCGAGCAGCCGUUGGUGUCUCUGAUGAAGCGAAUCCAGAGCGGCGACGAGUUCGUGGACUGUAUUGUGUCGGAUUCCUUGUAUUCCGGCGGGCGCGUUGCCGGGGAACUGGGGCUGCCGUGGGUGGUCCUGCGGACGAACAGCCCCACCUCCUUCAUGCUUUCUGGUUCCUUCGUUUUGCUGCAUCAGCUCGGCUACCUUCCAGUCAAAGGUGAAGCUGGAAUUUUCUCCUUGUUUUGCGGCCAACUCAAAACACUCUAGAGGAUGUUUGUUCCUCCUCAAUAGUGCACGGUCGAUCCGCCGGAUCUCCCGGCAGGCUUUGCACAGGAAAAGCCAUUA